AAAAGCAUGAGUGUUUUCGAACGUAUCCCGAUUGGAUUAGAAACAAUGACGUCACUAAGAGGGAAGCACGUGGUUGGUAUUGAGGCGGUGCUUGGUGUAUCUGACCAUGUGGCUGUUUGUUUUGUGUUUAUCUAACUUCAAUUUAUUGACAUUACGUUAGAUAUGAGUUUCGAGUUCGAUUUGGGAUGUUUAGGAUGAAUAAAACCGGGUCUCGUGCUGGCAGGCGAGCAAGGAAAAGACGUCGGAAAAAGCACGAGGACGUCUCCAAAGUUACCCUUUCUCACGAAGCUCAGUUUGUUCGUUUGAGGAAAUGGCUGAAGGAAAGAGGAUUCACUUCUCAGCACCUCAUCCCUGUCAAUUUCAAUGAUACUGGAAGGGGGCUUAUGGCUACUCACCCUGUCAAGGCUAAUGGAAUGGUAAUUUCGUUACCCGAGAACUGCUUGCUGACUACAGUCACAGUUCUCAGGAGUUACAUGGGGGAAUUUGUAAAAAGAUAUCAGCCUCCGAUAUCGCCUCUCGUGGCUCUUUGUUGCUUUCUCGUUGCUGAGAGGCAUCGUGGAGACGCAUCAGAGUGGAGUCCAUACAUCGAUGUCCUUCCAAAGUCUUACACAUGCCCUGUGUACUUCCACGAUGACAUCAUUGGCCUCUUGCCUGGGAGCCUCUGGAAAAAAGCCAUGGAGCAGAAAGAACAGUUUGAGGACCUCUAUUCGUCUUCACUUACGUUCUUUCGUUCCCUUCAGCCACUUUUCAGCCAGCCACUAGAGAAGCUGUUUACCCAGGAUGCACUGCGGUGGGCCUGGUGCAGCGUUAACACGCGGACUGUGUAUAUGGAACAUGAUCAGAGUAACUAUCUGUCCCGGGAGAAGGAUGUCUACGCUCUCGCUCCGUACCUUGACCUGCUGAACCACUGUCCGAAUGUUCAAGUUAAAGCCGGCUUUAACAAAGAAACUCACUGCUAUGAGAUUAAAAGUGUUCACGGAUGUAAAAAGUUCCAGCAAGCAUUUAUCAACUACGGCCCUCAUGACAACCAUAAACUACUUUUGGAAUAUGGUUUUGUUGCUCCUGGCAAUCCUCACAGUGUAGUAUAUGUUAAUUUAGAAGUUCUACAAUUGUGCCUAGAUAAAAAGGAUAAACAGCUAUCACAGAAACUACUGUACCUAAAGGAAAAUGAUUUUUUACACAACCUGACCUUUAGUAUGGAUGGUCCUUCUUGGAGACUGAUGACUGCCUUUAGACUUCUGUCUCUGAAACCUGAGCAAUAUGCUUGUUGGAAGAAUGUCCUCUUGGGAGCAUCGGUGAGCCGGGCUCAAGAACAGUGGUGCAUUCACUCUGCCCUGAAGCUUUGCAAUAACCUCACGGAACACAAUGUCAAAGCACUAGAGACGCUAUCUCAUCUCCAACAGUGUACAGACCAUUCUCGCCUUGAGCAACUACGUGUGGUGGAGAGCUUGAGACAAGAGGAGCAAAGGAUUUUGGAACACACACAAGUGCUUCUAGAAAACCUCCAGAGACAAUAGUCGCUGUGGUAACAGUAUAGGGCAGUGUGAACACUGAGAAGGGAUUGUGCCAUUCCAGUGAUCCAUUGGGAAU